CCCGGGUGAAAAAGGAGGUGGGUUGGGCAUCAGGCUAGCACCCUGAUCCCGUAAAAUCUAUCUUGCUACGGAAACAACAAGCAAAAACCAGCGGUCUAAACAAUACCGGCGCGAUGACCCUGUUUCUCCCUUGAUGACGGUGCUGGAGCAAAGCCGAAAGGUCGUCCAGCGCCCGAUGCAAAACGGGACACUCGACGCCAAUACGAUCACACGAAUUGGAACCUGGAACGUGCGAACGUUGUACCAGUGUGGGAGACUGGAGCAGCUUCUGCACGAAUUCGACAAUUACCGGCUUGACAUUCUUGGUGUCAGCGAAAUGAGGUGGACGGGUAAUGGAAAAAUGACAAGCGACGGGAAGAUCGUCCUGUAUUCGGGAGCCAAAGAACAUCACGUGCAUGGCGUCUGGAUGGUCCUGAGCAAAACCGCGGCACAGGCACUCGUUGGAUGGAAACCGAUCAGUGAUCGCAACCUUACCGCCCGAUUUCAUUCUCGCCAUGCUAAAAUUACUGUUAUUCAAGUCUACGCGCCGACAAAUGAGGCAGAUGAUGAAGAGAAGGACGCCUUCUACGACCAGCUGCAAGACACAAUCGCGGUUGUCCCCAAAUAUGACAUAAAGAUCCUCCUUGGCGACAUGAAUGCGCAACUCAGUAGCGACCGUCAGGGCUGGGAAAACGUGAUCGGACCUCAUGGAUCGGCAGCAGUAACGAGUGAUAAUGGAGAGCGUCUCCUAUCCCUAUGCAAUCUUAACCUUUGCAUCGGGAAUACAUAUUUCAUUCACAAACGGAUUCACAAAAAGACGUGGCGGUCACCAGAUGGGGCCACUCACAAUGAAAUCGACUAUGUAUGCAUCCAUCGACGGUGGCGCUCAGCUUUACGUGACGUACAGGUUUUUCGCGGCGCCGACGUCGGAUCUGAUCACCACUUGCUUGUGACCUCAAUCCGACUAAAACUGAAAAGAGUGGCCGGACACAACACCGUUCGGUCAUUUGCCUCCGAGAAAUUGAAGGACCGCGUGAACGCCGAGCACUUCCACAUUGAACUCGCUAAUCGAUUCCAGAUUCUUGACAACUUGGCCAGCAUCGAAAAACAAUGGGCACAGAUCAAGGAUGCUGUCAUCGAGACGGCAGAGAGAACGAUUGGUCGACGGCGUGGAACGCAGCGAGAACGGUGGAUUCAGGACCGCACAUGGUCGUUGCUCGAUGAAAGACGGGUCAAGAAACGUCAGCGCAAUCAAGCAAAGACCGAAGAGGAGCGAAAUGAAGCAUCGCAGGCGUACCGAGAACUCGACCGUAGGGUCAAGAGGAGUUGCCGAGCAGACAAGAAGGACUGGCUGGACCGGAAGGGCACUGAAGCACAACUGGCUGCGGACCAGGGUGACAGCAGGACUCUGUUUCGUGUGGUCAGAGAUCUCACUCGGGCCCGAAGCAGUUCCACUGGGCCGAUAAGGGAUACAACCGGCAGGAUGCUAAAUGGGAAAGUCUUACAGGAGGUGACCACUAGCCUGGAGCACGAAGCAGCCAAAGUUGGGUUACGGAUCAGCACUGACAAGACCAACGUCAUGGCGGUCGGCCGGAUGACGCCGGUGCGGAUCACGGUGAGCAACCAGCUGAUCAAAGAAGUCAAACAGUUCACCUACCUUGGCAGCAUUGUGGCUGCGGAUGGAGAUAUGAGCUAG